CAUCGUCAGCCUUCACUCUGGACAGCACGAUGAGGUCAGUAUGUAUGAUGGUCGUGGUGGUGGUCGUGGCGGGGACGACGACCCUGGCUCAGAGGUACGACUUGGAGUGUGAGACUCUGCCCUCCACCAUCCACGUCGCCAAGGAGGAGUUCGACGAGGCGGGGAGAGUAGUGAGGACGUGUGAGGAGGACCUCGCCGUCAACAAGUGUGAGGGAGAGUGCAUCUCCAAGGUCCAGCCCUCCGUCAACACGCCCUCUGGGUUCCUCAAGGACUGCAGGUGUUGCCGCGAGACACACCUGAGAGCGAGAGACGUCACCCUGACGCACUGCUACGACGCUGACGGCAACAGGCUGACGGGUGAACGGGGCUCUCUGUCCAUCAAACUCCGUGAGCCAGCAGACUGUCAGUGCUUCAAGUGUGGCGACUCCACCCGGUAGUCUCCGUGACCUUCCACCUGCCGUGACCUCUGCUUCGUGACCCAGCUGUCCUCACCAGUUCCCAGCCCCUCCUGGUGACCUGUCACUGUGACCUUUGACCUCCCUCACCGGUCACCUCGGGGCCCAGAUUCACGAAGCAGUUACGCAAGCACUUACAAACUUGUCCAUCUUUCCUCAAUCUUUGGCGGCUUUGUUUACAAUUAUUAAACAGUAAAU